AUCUAUGCCGGGAUGUGUGCCGAGGUACAGGCACGGCGUGCCUCGUGUAAACAUGGACAUACAAGACUGUCUAAUUACUUACAACAACGUACCACCUUCAUACUUCUACAUAAUAAAUUAUUCUGUGCCAAAACACAAUCAAAAGGAAAUGUUAACAUUUGUCGAAAAAAAUAUUAAUUUCUUUUUUAGAAUUUAAGUAAAAACAUUUUAG